UCAUGCCCUGUCGCUACCCACGAAAGUUGACGAAUAUCAGGCUCCAGCGAGUGAACUAGGUGGAGGAAUCCAAAUUUCUGGUGAUCACUGUAGCAGUACCUGUGAAACGAAUGACAGUCUUAACGCGAACGUUGAUGGACAGCUUUGCAGCAAUGCUCUGCCCGAUCACUUAAAAGAGGGCUUGGAUAUUGUGAUCGUUGGAAUUAAUCCGAGUAUAGCCUCGGCUCAUCUGGGUCAUCACUACGCGGGUCCUGGAAAUCACUUUUGGACCUGUUUGACCGAGGCCGGCCUGGUUCCGACGGAAGUCACAUGUUAUGAUGACAUGAAUAUGCUUGACUACGGAAUCGGAUUCACAAACGUUUGCACGCGUGCAACUAAAGGAGCAGCUGAACUCACGCGCAAAGAGAUGAAGGCUGGCUCAGCCGUUAUGUUGGACAAAAUUCGUAAAUACAAGCCCAAGAUUGCAGUUUUUAAUGGAAAAGGUAUUUAUGAAGCCUUCAUUGGUCACAAAAACUUCAGUAUGGGAAAGCAGCCCCAGCCACUCGCAGGAACAGACACAGUUGUUUUCGUUAUGCCCUCUUCAAGUGCCCGAUGCGCUCAGUUGCCUCGUGCUGAAGACAAACUGCCCUUUUUCAUUGCCCUCCGAAAACUGCGUGAGUAUCUUAGAGGCGAACGCCCUGAACUAUCCGACUCAGAAGUCGUUUUUAACGACUACACCGAGUUCCGGGUCACACAGCCAGAUCCAAAGAGCCUACGGAAGGCUGAAAGACGAAGAAAACGUAAAGCUGAGGCCGCUGCUGCGGCCGCCGCAGCUGCAAUGGCAACUGGGGACACCAAUGCUCAGUUGACAGUUUCUGGUACCAAUUGCAGCGGCCUACUUCUCAAGACUGAACUCAACCACCCCUCUGGCACCGAGGCUUGCUUGACCGGUUCUCCAUGUACGUAG